AUGCGAUGGCAUGAUGAGCAUAACAUGGAAGAUGAUGUCAUGUGUCAUCCAUCUGAUUCUGAGGCAUGGAAGCACUUUAACCGUACCCAUUCACUGUUUGCAAGUGAAAGUCGAAAUUUGUGGGAAGUGGGGGUGCAGACGUAUGAUGUAUCUAAGAAGCAAAAUUUCCAAAUGAGGGCUGCUUUGAUGUGGACAAUUAGUGAUUUUCCUACAUAUUCAAUGCUCUCCGGGUGGAGCACUGCAGGGAGAUUAGCAUGUCCAUAUUGCAUGGAUCACUCAGAUGCAUUUUCACUGAGUCAUGGAGGGAAAAUUAGUUGGUUUGACAAUCAUCGUAAGUUUCUUCCAGAUAACCAUCCAUUUAGACGGAACAGGGUAAAUUUCCUUAAAGGAAAAGUAUGCAUGCCUGAGUCUCCUCCAAUUUUAAGCAGUGAAGACACUUUUUUGCAAAUAGAAGAUUUAGGACUGAGGAGAGUAAUAGACAGUGAUGGUGAAGCGGUUAAUUCAGUCAUAGCUAGAAACACUGAUUGGCAAAAAAAGAGCAUAUUUUGGGAUUUACCAUAUUGGUCUUCUAAUCUCAUACGUCAUAAUUUAGAUGUCAUGCAUAUCGAGAAAAAUGUCUUUGAGAAUACAUUAAAUAUAGUGAUGAAUAUAGAAGGAAAAACGAAGGAUGAUGCAAAAGCUAGGGAAGAUGUGGCACAUUUAUGUCGUAGAAAAGAAUUGGAGAGAAAUUUGCAAACGGGUAAAUAUCCAAAGGCAUGUUAUGUUCUUGAUAAACAGCAGAAGCAGAGGUUAUUACCCAUUGCAUUUUGUGAGCUUCUUCCAAAUACAGUUUGGCAAGCAUUGACCGAGUUGAGCUUUUUUUUCAAACAUCUUACUUCUACAAAUAUUAAAGUUCAAGAUAUGGAGCCUCUGGAAUUAGAAAUUCCCAUUAUUAUUUGCAAAUUAGAGCGCAUAUUUCCUCCUGCCUUCUUUGACUCAAUGGAGCAUCCUCCCAUCCAUUUGCCAUAUGAAGCAAAAAUUGUAGGCCCACAAAAUGUAAAGAAUAAACCAAAAGUAGAAGGUUCAAUAUGUAAUGCAUACUUAGUUGAAGAAGCAUCUAAUUUUUGUGCGCAUUAUUUUGAACCUCAUGUAUUAACACGGGAUCAACAAGUACCUCGUAAUGAUGAUGGUGGGGAUGAUGCUGAUAUCGAAGGUAAUUUAUUAAUCUUCAACUAUCUCGGUCGACCAUAUGGCAGAGCGAAAAUGAGAGUGUUGGCUGAUGAUGAAUAUAAGGUUGCUCAAAUAUAUGUCCUCCUAAAUUGCCUUGAAAUUGACACAUAUGUCAAUUUGUUCUUGACUGAGUUGCGACAGACAUCACGUAAUAUUAGUGAUGCAGAAAUUAAUGAAGCAUUAGAAAACAAAUUUGCAGAUUGGUUCAAAUCUUAUGCAAGGCAUUCAAACAUUGAGAACAAAUUCAUUAAGGAUUUAGCGGAGGGGCCAUUGAGAAGUGUGAAAUCAUAUCCUAUAUAUUUCAUAAAUAGUUAUAGAUUUCACACAAGCAGUCAUGGUGCUAAUCGAUCUACGAUGAAUAGCGGAGUUUGCAUUAGGGGUUCAACAUACGGUGACAACUCUAAUAAUUACUAUGGAAUCUUGAAAGAAGUAGUUCAAAUAGAGUAUUCUGCAUUACCAAUAAAGAGAACUAUUCUUUUCAAGUGUGAAUGGUUUGAUCUAACUCUGGAUGUCGGUAUUAAGGUUCACAAACAGUAUAACAUUAUGGAUAUCAAUCUCCAAAAAAGAUUAAAUAAAUAUGAACUGUUCAUACUUGCUUCGCAAGCUGAACAAGUGGUUUACUUCCCUUAUCCUAGCUUGAGACGAGACAAGGCUGACUAG